AUGUUUGUUUAGGUUGAGUGACUUCUUCAUCAUACUUAACCAGCUGAUGACUUUAACAUCUAUGUUAGGGCCUGGUGAUUAAACGGAAAUAUUAAACAGAAAAUUAAUUAUGAAUGGACAGAAUAUUCCAGAUGCUUGGGACGAUGGAGCAGCAAAUGGAACGGAUGGAGUUAGAUCCGCUUUUACAAACUUAAACAUUGCAGCGCAACCGUUCAUUCCAAACAUCAAUGCCGCCAAGUUUGUCCCGGCAGCAAGAAAAGUGGAAAUCCCUGAAGAAGUCGUUCAACCUGAAGUUGCUGUGCCAGAGGUUGUGGAGAUGACGAUUGAGAAUUCUCCGAAUGCCGUUCCUGAACAGGUUGAGAGUAAAGAGAUGGAGGAUGAUGUCGAUGUAAAGGAUGAAGUGAUGAAUGAAGAGGUGGAGGAAGUUGAGAAAGUUGAUGUGAAAGAGGUUGAGGAACCACCUUUGUCACCAUCCCUAAUUAACAAAGAAGAACAUGUGAAUGUUGUUUUCAUCGGCCAUGUUGAUGCUGGAAAAUCCACAAUUGGAGGACAAAUUAUGUAUCUUACUGGAAUGGUUGACAAACGUACUCUGGAAAAAUACGAAAGGGAAGCCAAGGAAAAAAACCGAGAGACAUGGUACUUGUCUUGGGCCUUGGAUACAAACCAAGAGGAGAGAGAUAAAGGAAAAACAGUAGAAGUAGGGCGAGCUUAUUUCGAGACUGAAUCAAAACACUUUACCAUUCUCGAUGCACCUGGCCAUAGAAGCUUCGUACCUAAUAUGAUAGGUGGGGCUUCACAAGCUGAUGUAGCAGUGCUUGUUAUCUCGGCACGUCGAGGAGAGUUUGAAACCGGGUUUGAGCGAGGAGGACAAACACGGGAGCAUGCUAUGUUGGCAAAAACAGCAGGUGUUCACCAUCUAAUCGUGCUUAUUAAUAAAAUGGAUGAUUCAACUGUUAAGUGGAGUCAGGAACGAUAUGAUGAGUGUAAGGAAAAGCUCACGCCUUUUUUGAAGAAAGUUGGCUUUAAUCCCAAAAAAGACAUUCACUUCAUGCCCUGCUCUGGACUCACAGGAGCAAAUCUGAAGGAGUCUGACUAUGCUAACCAUCCAUGGUAUACUGGACUCCCCCUCAUUCCUUAUUUAGACAAUCUUCCCACGGUUUCCAGAUCAGGUGCUGGGCCUCUCCGUCUUCCUAUUGUCGACAAGUACAAGGACAUGGGGGUGAUUGUGCUUGGCAAAGUGGAAUCUGGUCGUUUGUAUAAAGGACAACAGUUGGUAUUGCAGCCAAACAAGCGCAAGUUGAAAGUUCUUGGAAUUCAAUCUGAUGAAGUUGAUACAGAGUCCGCCAUUGCUGGUGAGAACGUGAAAGUUCGGGUUGAUUCAAUUGAAGAAGAUGAAAUAUCUAAGGGUUUCGUCCUAUGCUCACCUGAUGAUCUGUGCAGUACAGGAACAUUAUUUGAUGCCCAAAUUGCGAUUAUUGAAUACAAAUCCAUCAUCUGCGCUGGUUACAGUGCUAUUCUACAUAUUCAUACCUGUAUUGAAGAAGUAGUAAUCAAACAACUCAUUUGUCUUCUGGAUCGAAAAACUGGAGAAAAGAAAAAGACAAGAUUUGUCAAACAGGACCAAACCGUAAUUGCACGGCUGCAAACACAAGGUCCAGUUUGUAUCGAGAGUUUCAAGAAUUUCCCACAGAUGGGUCGAUUCACACUUCGGGACGAAGGACGCACCAUUGCAAUCGGGAAAGUGUUAAAAGUUCUUGAGUAAAACUGUAGAAAUUUAAAGUUUUUAUUUCACUUCAGCGAUGCCAUGGCUUGCAUAUUAUUCAUGUUAGGCAUCUAUCGCUGGGUACAAGCGCAACUCUUACAAUCAGUGUUGCACUGUUUCUGCGACACAAGUGUAAAUUUCCCUAUUUCUACAUUAUCCUGAUUGUAGACUACUUACUAUGUGUUGUUUGCCAAAUCUUAAAUGGUUUUAAGCGGGUACAAAUCACAAACUAAAGUUUUCAGCUGAUCACCAAAGAAAAAGUUUAUUGAGUGAAUCAGAUAUUUAUCUAAGCCAGUACCUUUCAAUGCAUGCGGACAACACAUGUUGUGCGGUUAUUCUUUUAUUUUCAUCAAUUAACUAUGCUUGUUAAUUUCCCUUCACAACCUGCUGCUUGUCCAGAUCACCAUGAAAUGUGGUCUAAUACUUGUACAUUUCACUUUCACAACCUCAAGGCUCCCCUUAGCUUACAUGGAGUACAAUAUUUUCAUGCGCAUACAGUUAAACCAGAGUUACUUUUACAACCACAUAGGUAUUUAUUCGUUGUACAAAUUUGUUGCACCAACCACAGGUGGCGAUGUUUCUGUUGCAUAGUUCUUCUUCUCCACUCGAAAAGCGAAAAUUUGACUUGAAAAAAUGAUCUGCUUUAGUGCCUUUGUGUGCUUCUCUUUAUUUUUGCAGUGUCCAGUGUCACAUGUGAAGACUUGGUUGUUGUGUUUUAAACAACGUUUCCCUACAUACAGCCUAACAGUGGCAGUAAGCGUGAAUUUUUUUCAUGCAAAUGCUGUCGUAUCCUAUGCGUAUCAAGUGCACAAUUGAAAUUGUAUAGCACAGCUUGAAAAAGAUUUUUUUGUGAAUUAACAGAAUUAAAAACCAUGUUGUCUUAAAUGUGGGCCAAUGCUUGUUGGUGGUGCUCUAUCAUAUCGCUGUUUAAAUUAAUUUGGUCUUGGGCUCUUUGUUACAAUAAAGAUUGAAGGAAUAUAA